CUUUUCUAUCAGUCAGUUCUCCACCCAUCACUAUCGGAACAGACACCACUCUCGCUCAUUUACACUUUGGGGUGUAAGGGAAUUGUGUGCGAUUUGACGUGCGUAUCUGAGAGCUAUGAUCCACGUUUUGACAGCAACCCCGCCAGCAGCGGGCAGAGAGGUGUGGAUCAUCUUGCUCAAGUAGAAUCUCCAUGGCCUGAACCUUUUUUGGAAAUCAUUUCGAGCACAAUAUCUGUUUACUAAGAAGAUAACCACACCAAAAUGGUUGGAAAACUGAAGCAGAACUUACUCCUGGCCUGUCUGGUGAUUAGCUCUGUGACUGUGUUUUACCUGGGCCAGCACGCCAUGGAGUGCCAUCACCGCAUAGAGGAACAGAGCCCGCCCGUUAAGCUGGAGAGCGCAAAGACGACUGUGCGAACCAGCCUGGACCUCAAAGCCAACAAGACCUUUGCCUACCACAAAGAUAUGCCUUUAAUAUUUAUUGGUGGUGUGCCUCGGAGCGGAACCACUCUCAUGAGGGCCAUGCUGGAUGCACACCCAGACAUCCGCUGUGGAGAGGAAACAAGGGUCAUCCCUCGCAUCCUGGCCCUGAAGCAGAUGUGGUCACGGUCCAGUAAAGAGAAGAUCCGCUUGGACGAGGCCGGCGUCACCGAUGAAGUGCUGGAUUCCGCCAUGCAAGCCUUCUUACUAGAAAUCAUUGUCAAGCACGGGGAGCCAGCCCCUUAUUUAUGUAACAAAGAUCCGUUUGCCCUGAAAUCCUUAACAUACCUUGCUAGAUUAUUCCCCAAUGCCAAGUUCCUCCUGAUGGUCCGAGAUGGCCGGGCAUCAGUCCACUCAAUGAUUUCUCGCAAAGUUACUAUAGCUGGAUUUGACCUGAACAGCUACAGAGACUGUUUGACCAAAUGGAAUCGUGCCAUAGAGACCAUGUAUAACCAGUGUAUGGAGGUUGGUUAUAAAAAAUGCAUGUUGGUUCACUAUGAGCAGCUCGUCCUGCAUCCUGAGCGGUGGAUGAGAACGCUCUUGAAGUUCCUCCAUGUUCCCUGGAACCACUCAGUACUGCACCACGAAGAGAUGAUUGGGAAGGCAGGGGGAGUGUCUCUGUCAAAGUCUAUAAAGGAGAAUUUCAACUCCCUGACUUCCUUAAAGACAAAGCCCAGCAGACUGAGCAGGUGGAGUAGCAGAGCCUGGAAGGCCUUUCCCACGCAAGGAGAGACGGCUGCCUCUUCAGCAAGAGGGAGUUUCUGGGACCGCUGUUCCCGGCUGAGGGCGGUGGCCGUGUGCACCGUGACCAACUCGCGUCUGUCUCCUGCGUCUGUCACCUGCCAGUGUCUUCAUGCUGAGCCCAUGUGGCACCCACCUGUGUCCCGGCCUCUGAGGGACCUGCUGCCUGGGGACUUGCUCUGAACCCCACAACCGUAGCACCCUGGGGCACAGCACCCACAGGGGACAUGUGCUUUCUCUCAAAUUGCUCUCAGCCUCAUCUUUCUUUCCCUGGAUUCCACACUUUGUUCUUAGGGCAGGGUUUUAAAUGGCAUUUUCUAAGCAGGAUCGGGCAGCUGUGUGCCGGAGUAGGUGGUCCGUAUGUGUUCCAUUGUUUUGUAGAGCAUCUGUGCCUGUUUAAAUGUAUUGAUGUGGAUAGUACUGAACCUUAAUUAUUUAAGUAAUUCAUCAUAUUGUUUCUGAAAAAGUGGGGAAAGUACCGUAUACAUUUACAACUUAAUGACUUUUGUAUUUUAUUU